CUCAGACUUUUGAGGAUAACGUGAAGAAUAAGAUAAACGCGAUUUCUACCAUCUCUAAAUCUCAACCGUCCGAUCAAACAACUUACACAACUUCCGUGCUGGAGAAAUAAAAAAAUUAGGUAUUUAAUAAUUCAUCAUUGCCAUUGGAUUGUGUGUGGCUGCGUCAGUAAAACGUAUUCUUAAAAGCAACCAUUGGUGUGAUUGACUCUAUAAGAGAAUUCGUCAGCGUGAAGCAAUCUCCAAUCUAAUCGCAGCAUAUCUUCUCCGAUUCCUAUUCGUCUCUGCAAUUGAAUCUUCCGGUAGGCGAAGAUGGCGACGUCUGCGAGGAUUUGUUGCGGAGGAGGAAGUGCAUGCGCCGUUCGUUGUGAUCGUCGCACGUUAAAUUUGAAUUCUCGAUCGUCAUGUGUUGUUCCAGUGACGAAUCGACGGAAUAUGUGUGCGAUCGGGAAGAUUUCGAUGUCGAUGGAGGAUUUGUCACCACCGUCUGCGGCGGUGAAGAUUGAAAGGAUCGGUGGAAGGAAACGCGGUGGAUCUGUUGUGUCGAGGGAGAAGCUAGAUGUGUGGUUGAGAGAUUCGGUGGUUGAGAUCGUGAAGAAUCUUAGAGAGUCGCCGUUAUUGAUGCAUUUAUACGCGGAGGCUAAUGGUGGUUUGACGACGACGGCAACGAAUCCAAAGGCGGAGGAUUGGACAGAGAUGGAAGGAAAGUGGGGUAGAGGAGAAGAGAGGACGCCGGAAGGAGUUAUAUUGGUGGAGAAGCUCGCAGACGGUGACAUAGCAGAUGAUGAUGAUCACGAUGGUGGCGCGUGUGGGGAAGAUACAAGCGCGUGGGGGAUUGUGGCGCAAGGAAGAGGAUCGGAUACUGGGCCGGUUUGUUAUCUAUUGAAAACGACCCGGGUCCGGUCGGGUAUGGGUACGGUUUGCACCCAUUUCUGUUUGGUUAAGGUCAAGAGUUUUAGGGAAACGGCUAUGUCACAGUUGAAUAAUUCGUGGUUGGUGCAGACUGGUCAAUGAGCAGUGAUUGUCAAAGGAUUUGCACUGUAAAUUAUUUAUACUCUUUGGGUUUUGAUUAUGAAACCCUUAUGGAUGAUCAAAUUACAUUUGUUAUUAAUACAGAACAUUUUUUAGGAAUUUGGAUUGGUGAUAUAAAUGUAAAUAAAAUGGUCAAAGUUGGUUGGUUAUAGUGAUUUGUUUAAUCAAAGAACAUUGUUAGUUUUGUUGCUAUUGUAGUAUAGAGGAUUUGAAUCAAGACAAGUAGACAACUUAAUCCGUGUAAGAUCUAUAUGCAAUUAUGCAUUCAUUAACACCACAAUAAGCAAAAGUGUAGGUGGAUUUAAAACUUCUGUUAGUGAUCAUAGUGCAAAGCCUAUAGCUGAUACUGCCAGAAGUUGCAUUAGAGUUCAUAACCUCCGUCGGAAA